UAACGCGUCACGAUAAACGUGAUGAACUCUUCAACUGAUCAUGUCGACAACAUAUGUAGCUUUGGUUUAACUGUUGUGCUGAAAAAGAUGCCUUCAGAAAGAUUUUAUGUCAGCCAAAUGUCUGUUAUAAUGUUCAACAGCGUUUUGCUUGUUGCUACUGUGUUCCUUAAUGGCCUUGCGAUUGUGACGAUCUUUAAAUCCUCUUACUUGAUGGGAAAGCCGUGCUACUUCGUCGUUUUUCUGCAAUCAAUCGUCGACUUGAUGUGUAGUCUUCUGGCUAUGCCAUUAUUUCUCGUUCACCUUAUAAAUGUAAUUCAUGGAAUGGUUGACUGUGUUGUCUACGUCAUCACUAUGUUUGCAACUUAUUUUACGCUGGGCUUAUCUAGUGUCAACUUACUUGCUCUCACAUGGGAGCGAUACGUUGCUCUCUUGCAUCCUUUGCACUAUGGCAGCAUUGUCACCAGAAAGAAGUUGAUGGUUGGUGUAUGUUUUGCUGGGGUCAUCGACUGUUUCAUGAAAACUUUAUUUUUAACAAAAUUUCACCAUAGAGAAACAGUAUUGUACAACCUGGUGAAGGUCAUGAUUGUUUCUGGGUACGCUAUCUUUGCAUACACUCAUAUCUUCUUGGUAGUAAAAAAGUUGGCUCGGUCCAGUAUAACUUCAUGUAGUCCUGUAGAGAAAAGCAAGACAACUAGAAGGAAGCUGUUCAUUCAACAAAUCAAACAUGCAAAAUCAUGUGUAGUGGUUGUAGCUUGUUUUUUUUUUCUGAGCCCAAUUCCAUCAUUUGUAUACUUGUUCUUUAAAGGACGCGUGCAAAGAAAUGAUCUUUCGCUUAUUCGAAUUUGGCUCCAAACUCUCGCAUUUUUAAAUUCCUUGAUGAACUCCAUCUUAUUCUUUUGGAGUAAAAAGAUGUUGAGAGAGGAAGCAUUCAAGCUGUUAAAAGCAAUAAAUGAGAAAUUGAGGUUAUCGUCAUCCUAAUCUUCAUCCUUAUCUCAUUUCUAAUCUUGAUCCUAAUCUGUAAUUAUUCAUAGGACUAAUGUAAAUGGCUCAUAAGACAAUUUAGAAAAGUUGUAGAAAACAUCAGGUGAAUGUAAGGCUUAAUGAAUGUAAGCACUCAAGCUUAUGAAAACGAUAAGAAGGAAGCUGUAGUCAACUUGAUCCUAAUCUUGAUCCAAAUAUUGUUCUUAAUGUUGAUGUCAAUCUAUAUCCAUUCAUAAGAAAAAUAUACACAUGACUUACAUUUAUAACAGAAAAGUUAAAGAAAACGGAAUACUUGAAACUACAUAAUUAAGCAUUAUUUGUAAGUCAUUAAAUAUUUACAAAAGCUGGUAGGGCUUUUUUU